AUGGCGACACUAACUCAACCCUCUGUGCCUGACAGGUUCCAGUCGCAUGUCGCAUUCGACAACCUUCCGCUGGGCGAGGCGACGAAGAACAACACGCUCUCGCUGACGUUGAAUGUUCGUCAUCGGGGGUAUCAGGCGCAACGACGAUCGCGCACGUUCAUGGUCGGCGUCGACGAGCAUGCCUACUCCGACUAUGCGUUGCAGUGGCUGCUCGACGAGCUGGUCGACGACGGGGAUGAGGUUGUUUGUGUGCGCGUCAUUGAGAAGGAACUGCGAGCCGCCGAAACCAACAAGAUAUACCAGGAAGAGGCGAAGAAGGUCAUGGAUGGCAUCCUUAAGCGCAACGGCCUGAACCGGGCCAUCAGCAUUGUACUGGAAUACGCGAGUGGAAAGCUUCAUGCGACAUUCCAGCGCCUGAUCCAAAUUCACCAGCCUGCAAUGCUCAUCGUUGGCACGAGGGGCAGGUCGCUCGGCGGCCUCCAGGGCCUGGUUAACACGCGCAAUUCCUUUUCGAAAUAUUGUUUGCAGUAUUCGCCUGUUCCUGUCGUUGUCGUCCGCCCGACGGAGAAGCGGGAGAAGAAGAAGAAUAAGAGAAAGAACGAUACGGAACGACAGACGUAUGUCAGGAUGUUGUCAGCGACAGGCGGAAAGCACGAGGCCGACAGCGAGAGAAGCAGCAUGUACGAGGUGGAGGUUCACAACACGGCGGACGAAGAGGCUCACCAGGUCGCCAAAGCGCUAGGAUUGCCUGCGGCAUUCGACCCGACUAUCAAGCCAGUCGACCUGAAUGCCCUUCUGCACCCGAGACACCAAUCAGCGCCAUCCAAUCUCGCGCAAACGAGUAGCGCAGGUGCGGGUACGGAUAGAUCAUCUGCACCGCCGAGUGCUGCGGGCGACAGCGAUGAGGAGGAUGACGAUGAUGAGGACGAAUUUGAGACAUUCUCUGGCGACCAGCUCAUCAACUCGUCGCAAAUGGAUAAGCUGCACAAGAUGGAGGCCAACGAGGCGGCUGCGCUUAAGCAAAGGAAGUCGAGUUUGGACUCUAGUGCCAGUGGAGUAGAUGACGACGAAGACGAGGAGUCCAAGGCCUCGCGACACAGCAGCAACAGCUGA